AUAUUCAAUAUCUAUUUCAAAGGUUAACAAGUUUGCUGCGUGUGCAUAUAUUUAACUGCAAGAAAAUUGUAUCCUCACUUCUACAGAACAAUUGAAAGAUCUUAAUAAAAAAAUGAUUAAUAAAUAUCUUACAAUUUUAACAUACAUCACAUUCGUUAAUGGACUAUCUAUCCUUGAGAUUGAUCCACCGAAACCUACAAAUCAUGCACUAGUGGCAAGACAAGUACUUCAUAAUUGUCCAUGGAUCGCCCUCUCAACUAUUUCAACGAUGCCUGCGAUCAAGUCAUACCCGUAUACGAGUUUACAAUCAAUUGUGGAUGGUUUCGACGAAAAGGGGAAUGGAGUCCCAUACUUCUAUGUCACAUCUUUGGACCAAGCGAUAAUUGACAUUCAAAUAAACAAUCGUUGUAGUGUCAUAGCAUCAAUGGCUGAACUUGAUUGGUGUACCAAAUAUGAUAUAGAUGCUGAAGAUCCAAGAUGUCAACGAGUUACACUAAGUGGGAGCUUUGUAUGGGUAAACAAUGCAACAGAAGAACACCAUAUGGCACUUGAUAACAUUAUAAGGAAACAUCCUCAAUUUAAAGAUUUGCCCAAAGCACACAAGUUCGAUGUUGCAAAAAUGGAAAUCAAACUAAUCACACUAUUCGACUGGUUUGGCGGAAUAAAAACAAUUGACCUUGAUGACUAUUUUAAUGCAAACGACAAUAAUGAAAUGUUAUUGGUCUAGGUACCUAUAGGUAAUAGGCACAGAUUACAGUAAUCUGUAGUAUAGGUAUAGUAAUGUUAGAAAUAUCUAAAUGUCAUACAGCAUAAUAAAUCAACUUAUUUAAUGUUG